AUGCCAAAGUGGAUUAUCACAACCUUUUGGCUGGCUGAGGUUAAGGAGAAGCCGGUUAUGUGUAACAGCGGCGAGCUUCGGGAAAUUCCACUCAAAUCGAUGCCGGUAACAGUCGAGGCGCUUUCGUUGCAGAAAAACAUCUUCCCCAUCAUCAAAAGCGACGCCUUCCUGGGGCUAAAGGCGCUCCGGAAGUUGUCUCUGGAUCGAAACAACAUCACCACCAUCAAGCCGUUUGCCUUCCGGGGAUUGCCCCGGUUGAGGGAUCUCUCGAUUCAGCACACCCCACUGGCCACGGUGGCAUCGUUUGCCUUCGCCGGGCUGCAGAAUGUGUCCCAGAUCCAGCUGGCGCACAACAAAAUCCUCCGAAUCGAAGCGUACGGCUUUGCCGGAUCCGCCGGGAUUAGGUUGCUCAAUCUGGCCGACAAUCCAACGAUUCUGGUCGACACCAAUGCGUUCUCGAGCCUGAGCAUGGUUGAUCGGCUGAUUCUGCCGUCCGGGAUCCGCAACAUCUCGCAGGAUGCAUUUUUUGCGCUCGAUACGGUCGGCCACCUCAAGCUCUCAUUCAUGGAUCUCUCGGAAGUGAGCCCGUUCACGUUUCGCGGACUGACCAACGUGAAGAUCCUGUCGCUGCAGGAAUCCGACCUCGGGGUCAUCAGUGCCAACGCCUUCGACGGGCUGAACCACGUCGAUACGCUCAACAUACUGAACAACAAGAUUGACGCCAUCCAGGAGCUCAACAUCACCCACUCGCACCACAUCAGGACGCUCAAGCUGGUGGGUAAUCACCUGCUGGAAACGCCCGAAGCCGGCAGUAUAAUCCUGGAGGGCAUCGGGACGCUACAUGUGACAGGUAAUUACUUUCCCUGUGGAUGUCACAUCCACACCCUGCUCGAUAGCCCCCUGGCCAAUGGGACCUAUGGGCAGGGAGAAGGGUUCCUGUCGAAAAACUACUGCAUAUCGCCGCUGGAGGUGAACGGGAUGCAGAUGAGCCAAAUCGACAUCUUUGCCAUCGGCCGGUGCCAUGAGCAGGUCACGAGAGAGAAUCUGGAAGCGUCCAGUGCAUCCCAUUUGCCCCUGCCGACGGACGAUCUGCUGAGGCUCCUUGGUCGCCGGAGAUCCAACCAAAGGCAGCGUCAGUGGCAAAAUCAGCAGCAACAGCAGAUUCCGGCGGCCGGCAGUGGACACUGUUGGUGGUUCUGGGCCAGCAGCAAUCGGAUUAAUUAUUCAGCUGUCGCACUGCACCUCUACGCGGUCGUCCUGUUAGGAUACUUUAAAUAUUUUAGACUCAAAAUUAGUUGAAUCAGCUCUAGGAGCUCCUGUUGACACACAGAUUUCGUUGUAUCUUGGUUUAUUUAUGAAUUCAUUAGUCAACAUCUAGUCCAAUUGGGUUCUAGCGGAAA